GUGACAUUUAUCGUGACAAGAGCAGGCUGUUGAAGGGCUUUGCGCUCUGUACAGCGCCAAUAUUUCUCGUGCCAUCGAAGUAGCGGUCAGAACUCCGAGACAGCUAUUUUGGACACCAAGGAAUUGUCUCUGCGCCUGCGUCGUAACGAAUCCACUAUGUUGAAACGACCAUAUCGGACGUAUGGUGCAAGUAGUUGGGGAUCUGAUGAAGCUGCGUCGAAGGCAUUUGAUCUAGCUAUGGAUGAAAGUCAAAAGCCCGGUCUUGCUCCUAUCACUUUGAAUGGUGUCGCUGAAGAGAAAAUGAGUGAUCGUUUCGCAACAGUCGAAACGACAGAGUUUAGUAGAGGUCGCAAACGCAAUCAUAAAAGUACGAAAAUCCUGGAUCCGGUUUCAGAUCAAUGGCGGCAGUCGGAUGCUCAAGUUGCAAGGACGAAGCCUGUGAAAAAGAACUGGAGGAUAUCUCUUUUUGUACGUUACAUACGGCUUUGAAACUUGAGAAAAUGCUUUAGAAUCACCCGAAUUCUA